AUCGAAACGUCAAUUGUCAAUUUGUGUUAGAGAUAAAUUUUGUCAAAACCAAACAAAAAUAUGAUUCAUUGUGUGUAAAGUAUAAAUGAAAAAAAAUUAAAAAUGGCAGGUUUCAUAGUAAUAUCUUCAGAUUUCGUUAAUGUACACAUCUCUACCUCAAAAGAUGACAUAUCGUUCAACGAAAAGCGGUUUUCUAAGGAUUUAACUAUCUCAGAUCUUAAAGCAAAACUUGAAUUAAUUACCGGCGGUAGUUGUAAUACAAUGCAGAUUCAAGCCUUCGAUAAAGACAACAAAUUUAUUUGUUCUUUAGAUGAUAAUAAUGCUUUACUUGGUUCAUAUCCAUUAGAUGAUGGUAUGCGUUUACAUGUAGUCGAUAAUUUUAUUAUGAGAAAUGAGCUCGAUUUUGAAAAUAUUCCAAAAUUUGAACUGUCUCAAGAUGAAUAUGCCAAAAAGGGAGACACUGUACGAUCUUUUUUGUUAAAGAAUAAAUUAGGUAAAUAUAAUGAAGAAAAUAUCCAAAAAAAAGAAAAACUGGAAAAAGAAGAAAAAGCUUUAGUUGAAAGUAUAAAAAUAGGUUCUCGUUGUAAGGUAUCGGUUCAAAAUUGCCCUGAUAAAUUAGGUACUGUAAUGUACGCGGGAUCAAUCGAAAGCCUUUCUGGGUAUUGGAUUGGUGUUAAAUAUGAUGAACCUUUAGGAAAAAAUGAUGGAAGUUUUAAAGGAAAGAAAUAUUUCGACUGUCCUGAUAAAUAUGGAGCUUUUGUAAAACCUCAUAGUGUAACUUGUGGAGAUUUUCCGGUCGAAGAUUAUGAUUUAAAUGAAGAAAUUUAAAACAACAUAUCUAAUAAAAAUAAUUACAAAACGUGAAGCUUUUUAUACAUAAUUUUGUCGCGAACUUGAUGUCAUUUUUUAAUAAAAACUAUUUAAUCAAAGUUUUAAAUU